AUGUCAGACGCCGAGGGUUUCAUUGAUGAUGGUUUUGAGGGAGUCAAGUCCAAUCAGAUUGAUGAUGAGUUCGUUUACAACGAAUUGGAAGAUGUUCCUUCAAAUUUAACCAUGGUCGACUUGGAUGACUCAUUUGAAGAUGUCGACAUGGUAGAAGGCCUUUCCAAAAGUGUUCGUUUUGCUUCUCCUCAAGUCAGUGAAACUGCACUAGGAUACAUUUCGCUCAUUCUAGCAGAUGGAGGAUGUGAAAUUAAUGUGAAAAAUAUAGACGCUCUUCUUCAAAGUGUUGGUUUAAUAGUGGAAAAUGAAAUUAUUGAUGCCUUUGCCGAAAGUACAAAAGAUCUUGAUGUCAACUUGCUUGUAGAAUCAAUGUCGAGUUCUAGAGCAACUGCUUCUGCGAAUGAGAAUUCUGAUGAAAAAAGCUCCCCUGAGGUUCAGAAAGAGCAAAAAACUAAUGAAGCGUCGGAAGAAGAUUCAGACCUUGACGGCUGCUUCGGACUUUUCGACUGA